AUGCCGAAUAUUAAUUCAUUAUACGCUGAAGUCCGAAAUAUACAAUACGCCAUCGCACCAGAAACGCCAACCACUUUGAUAGUGCAAGCCACUGCUUCUCGAGUUAAGAUUCUCACCCCUUACCUAGGUAAGAAGGCAGGCAGGCAUGAUUUAGUCCACAUGACUCUUAAUACUCAGUAUAUCUUUGUUUCUGGUUAUGCUUCUACCGAAGAAGAAAGGAAAGAAACUAGAAAUCAGUCCCUAUGCGCCAAGCAAGCAAACUCCGUGCAAAGGUUGGGCCAUCUAUGA